CGCAAGUGCGGAAGUGCGGUGGCACCCUCGGCGCCCGGCUUCCGGUCUGUGUGCGGCACCGGGCUCGCAGAGCCACGUAACGGACGGGGGUCUGCAGCCAUGGCGGACAGGAAGGCUAACGGCGGCGGAGCCUCUGCCUCCUCGUCGGGCACUAACUUACUCUUCUCCUCCUCGGCCACGGAGUUCAGCUUCAACGUGCCCUUCAUCCCCGUCACGCAGGCCGCCGCCUCCCCGGCUUCCCUGCUCUUACCCGGAGAGGACUCCACAGACGUUGGUGAGGAGGACAGCUUCCUUGGCCAGACAUCUACCCUCACCUCCACCCCACAGACAUUCAGCUACUUCUCCCAGGUGUCAAGCAGCAGUGACCCUUUCGGGAGCAUUGGACAGUCACCCCUAACGACUACAGCAGUGUCGGCGGGACAGCCAGCAUUUCCCAGGCCCCCAGCCACUCUUCCUUUUACAACUGGAUCCCAAGAUACGCCCAACACAUUUCCACCAUCUGUUUCCAAGGCUCACUAUGGUGCCACACCUUCAUCACAGAUGGGAAUAAAUACCUAUUUGCCUUCUCAGCCAAGUAGUCUCCCUCCAAAUUUUGGGAGCCCCCCACAAGGACUUCCUCAGCAAGGACAUAACCCGUACCGCCACACUCCCGUCAGUAGCCGGGCCAAUCCCUACAUUACACCUCCACAACUGCAGCAGUGCCAGACGCCGGGCCAUCCCUCGUACCCUCCGCCUUCCGGACCCCCUGCGCAGACGUACCAAGUGCCGCCAGGACCCAUGCCACCGCUUCCUACGGCAGUGCAGUCACCAGCACAGCAGCAAGUCCCUGCCAGACCUGCGGGACCCCUUGUACAGGGGCCAGCUCCUUUUGUACUUCAGAACCAGUAUGAACCUGUUCAGCCCCACUGGUUUUACUGCAAGGAGGUAGAAUAUAAACAGCUAUGGAUGCCUUUCAGUGUGCUUGAUUCUAUGAAUCUUGAAGAGAUCUAUAAUUCAGUGCAGCCAGAUCCUGAGAGUGUGGUCCUAGGCACGGAUGGAGGACGCUAUGACGUCUACCUCUAUGACCGCAUGCGGAAGUCUGUGUACUGGGAAGAGGAGCCAGCUGAAGUGAGACGCUGUACUUGGUUUUACAAGGGAGACACAGAUAGCAGAUUUAUUCCCUACACAGAGGAGUUCAGUGAAAAACUAGAGGCCGAGUAUAAAAAGGCUGUAACCACCAAUCAGUGGCACCGCAGACUGGAGUUUCCAAGUGGAGAGACCAUCGUUAUGCACAACCCAAAGGUUAUUGUCCAGUUCCAGCCUUCUUCAGUGCCAGAUGAAUGGGGGACAACACAAGAUGGACAGACAAGGCCCAGAGUUGUCAAGCGUGGAAUUGACGAUAACCUUGAUGAGAUUCCUGAUGGGGAAAUGCCUCAAGUUGACCAUUUGGUGUUCAUGGUACAUGGCAUUGGGCCUGUGUGUGACUUGCGCUUUCGAAGCAUUAUUGAAUGUGUGGAUGAUUUUAGGGUGGUUUCUCUCAAGUUGCUGCAGACACACUUCAAGAAGUCUGUAGAUGAUGGGAAAGUCAGCAGAGUGGAGUUCCUUCCAGUUCACUGGCAUAGUGCCUUGGGAGGGCAUGCCACAGGUGUUGACAGGAAUAUCAAGAAAAUUACCUUGCCAAGUAUUGGUCGAUUUCGGCACUUUACCAAUGAAACUCUGCUAGAUAUUUUAUUUUAUAACAGCCCUACCUACUGUCAGUCAAUUGUGGAGAAAGUGGGAGUGGAGAUAAACCGGCUGUACUCGCUCUUUAUGAGUCGGAACCCAAACUUCAAAGGAAAGGUCUCGGUUGCAGGUCACAGUUUAGGUUCCUUGAUACUGUUUGACAUCCUGUCUAAUCAAAAAGAUACGCAUGCCUGUAGGUCUCCGGGGUCUGUGGCUGUUUCUAAUGGAGUUAUGAAACAGCCAAGUUUUCAGGAAAAGCAGAUACCUGAAGAGUCAAAGCUGAUAUCAGAUGAGCCAUGUGACCUUGACGUUGAAAAUGAAGAACCUCUGACUUUGCAUGGAACCCUUGAAGCACUAAGCCUGUUUGAUUACAUUAGCACUUUUGAAAAGGAGAAGAUUGAUAUGGAAUCUCUGCUUAUGUGCACAGUUGAUGACCUGAAGGAGAUGGGGAUACCCCUUGGGCCCAGAAAGAAGAUAGCCAAUUUCGUAAAACUUAAAGCAGCCAAACUGGAGCAGAAAAAAGCAGCAUCAGAAAAGAAGGCAGUGAUGGCUGCUUUGACAAAAGGACAAGAUGAGAGUACUCAGAAAACUAAGGAAAUGGCUUCUCCCUCUUCAGAAUCAAAUGAAUCAAAGAGGAAGCUUUCAGUUGGGGCUUGUGUGUCGUCUGUACGUGUUGAUUAUGAGUCUUUUGAAGUCGGCACAGGACAGGUUUCUGUUGCUUACCACUCACUAGACUUUGAACCGGAAAUUUUCUUUGCCUUGGGCUCUCCAAUUGGCAUGUUUCUCACUAUUCGAGGUGUGGACAGGAUUGAUGAGAACUACCGCCUUCCUACCUGCAAAGGCUUCUUCAAUAUUUACCAUCCGCUCGAUCCAGUGGCAUACAGGUUAGAACCUAUGGUUGCUCCAGAUUUGGACUUAAAGGCUGUUCUCAUUCCACAUCACAAAGGCAGAAAGAGACUUCACUUAGAGUUGAAAGAAAGCCUUUCUCGAAUGGGGUCCGAUUUGAAGCAGGGCUUUAUCAGUUCUCUGAAAAGUGCUUGGCAGACACUCAACGAAUUUGCACGUGCCCACACCUCUUCUACUCAGCUGCAAGAAGAAUUGGAGAAGGUGGUCAAUCAGAUCAAAGAGGAAGAAGAAAAGCAAGUAGUUGAAGAAAAGAUUGUUGAGAGUCCAGAAUUUUCCAAGGAUGAGGACUACUUAGGAAAGGUUGGAAUGUUAAACGGAGGCCGCCGGAUUGAUUAUGUUCUUCAAGAAAAGCCAAUUGAGAGUUUUAAUGAGUAUCUUUUCGCCCUUCAGAGUCACUUAUGCUAUUGGGAAUCUGAGGAUACUGCCCUCCUGUUACUUAAAGAAAUUUAUCGAACAAUGAACAUCAGUCCGGAGCAGCCCCAGCAUUGAGCAAACUUGCAUUUUACCAUGAAGUUCCAGCAUGAGAGCUGUUGCUGAGGGGCUCCUUGAUGGCCGAUCCCUCUUUGUGUCUGGGAUGGAUAACAGAAAAGUGACUCAGCCACAGUUGCUAAAGUAGACUUCUCAGGUGCAUUUUUAAAAGGCACAGAACAGAAAGAUACUGAAAAAAAAUCAGUACCAUAUUUAGACAGUAUAGAAGAAAAUCUGCAACCAUAAAAUGAUGCUGUGGAAAAUUCUCAGAUCUGUUUAGUUGUGUAGUUAUCAAAAUUAAGUGUAUCCUAAUGAAGAGAUAUUUGUAGCAUGCAGACGGUUAUUUCUAUUUCUUAAAACUGUUGUUAAUGGGCUAUUAAACUUCUAUUUUCUUUGUAUUAACACAAUGUUAUUUUCAUUUAAAUCUGGACUCCUUGAGAAACGGUAGUUAUAUGAUUUCUAUGCGAGGCUGGUCAUGGUGGCACAUGCCUUUACUCCUGGCACUCAAGAGGCGAGGUGGGUGGAUCUCUGAGUUUGAGGCCAGCAUAGUCUGUACAGCAUGUCCCAGGACACUCGGGACUACACAGUGAGACUGUCUCCAAAGGAAAGAAGCUCAUGCUGGACUCUACCGGUGAAUUGCUCUGAGCUGCCUGGUGCAGCGCUGUUGCUGCUUGUGACCAGGCAGUAGCCAAGGCCUCCUCGUCCCAAGCUGAGCUGAGCUGAAGCUGGAUGCCCUCGCCAAGAAGGAAGAAGCACUUUUUUUUCUAGAAACCUUGUGGUGAUCUGACCCCUGUUGGGAGAUCACUCCCCCCCCCCCCCGAAAUGACAGGCCUUCAUCGGGAGCCAGGGUUUCCGUGUCAGUGCCCAAACACUAUAAUUUGAAAACCACGUGGAAGGAUUUGUUCUUUUGGUUUAAUUUUACUUGCACCAAAGUUUGAAAGGACGGAUUUACUGCUCCUGGGCUUUAGAGUUGCUGGGUGAAGACUGCUCUGUAACAUCAUUUUGUUUACUAUAAACUUCUCUAGAUAUUUCCUAACAGACCUUGGGAAUGCUGAUAUCUUUAUUUUUUGUUACAUAGUGGAAACAUUCUAUGUCAUUUACAUGGUUCUCAUGGAACAUGGAAUUUUUUGAAAACAGCAUAUAAUACACAUUUUUGUGUAUGUAUUCUAAUUGGUGUGAAUAAAACAGUAACAUCGAUGCUCUUUUUAAACCUGCAAACUGUUGUUUCUCACCUUUUCUUAAGGUGUUCCCUUGUUAACAUGUGGCCUCUUGAGUGAUUACUUCAUAACUUGAUGGAAUUAGAACAGGAAGAUUUAGAGUAGUGGUUCUCAACCUGUGGAUCCAAUCUGUUUGUGGGUCAAAUGACCACAAAUGACCCCUUCACAGGGGUUGCCUACUAGAUAGCCUUUAUAUUUAUAUAAAGACUCAUAACAACAAAGUUAUAGUUAUAAAUUAGCAACAAAAAUGAUUUUAUGGUUGAGGGUCACCACAGCAUGAGGAACUGUACUAAAGGGUCACAGCAUUAGGAAGGUUGAGAACCACUGGUUUGGAGUUCCCUUUGACCACAGUUUCCAGUCACCUUGUUGUCUAGCUGAGGUCACAACACUAAAUGCCUUUCCCCCCCGCGGUGAGGCACAUUGCCGAAUUGGGUUCUCUUGAUUCCCUUUGGCCUUUGCUUCUCUACACCAGGACAAUUACUGUUUGCUUAGUUUCCAUAUGACUUCCAACACUGGCAAAAUAAGGGCAAAUGGAGGUUCCUGAUGUGUAUUUUAAUAAAAUCUAUGUAGCUUUUUCAACUUGUAACAA